AUGCCGCGAUAUCGCAUUAGUCUGUUGGGUGUCCUGCUAGUGAUCAAUCUGCUGGAGUUGCCCCAUGCUGCGUCCCUAGGCGGUGGCAUCUACCAACGAAACGGAGGUCAUCACUUGGUGGCUGCACCUCGUCGCUGUAUACGGUCGCUGCAGCGUUCACAUAAGUACCCGGCACUGAUUCCGUUCGGUUGGGGUGGCCGUGGAAACGCAGGCAACAACUCCACCCCCUUUGACGACGAUCGAAGCUGGAAGUGGGCGGACAAGUCGGACGCCGCAGGCCGCAACGACACCAAUGGAUUGCCAGCCAGCAAACCCAUUUCCGCAGAUGCAGAGAAUGAAGGAGAUGAGAAAGAUGGCAGUACGGGGAGCCUUUACCAAAAGGUAAUCGAUGGCGUUGCGACAAAUCUGUUCGUGCUUCGGGACACAUUCGAAGGCAAUAACAAUGUAGAGAUACGUAUGGGUCAGGAACCUGCGAACAAACUCGGGGUGGCAGAAGGCAACUUGGUGCGGGUUAGGGGCAAAAAGCGCUGUGACACUGUAUGCGUCGUGAAGAUCGAUCCUAACAUCACCGACAAUCGCGUAGUCAUCCACUCGGACACCCGCCGCAACCUAAGGCUGCGACAUGGCGACGUGCUAUCCGUUGACCUACUCGUGGACGUACCUCCAGCCAAAUUGGUAAAGUUGUUGCCGUUUUCGGACACUGUGGCCCCAAUCCUUGCCGAAAUACCGGAGGAGGCCCGGGCAUCGUUUCCCAAGAUGAUGAUGAAAGUAGCGGUGGACUUUUUCAGCCGUGAAAUCGCCAUGGGUAGAAGACGUCCCGUGCGCCUAGGCGAUCAUUUGACGCUAAACGUGAAGUUCCAGGAUGACAGUAAAACCGCGCUCAAACUGCUCAGCAACGACCACAGGGAGAGAAGCUGCUUUACUAUAGAGUUCAAAGUGAUGGGCGUAAAGUCGUACAAUAGCGACUACCGGAACAUUUCGGAUGCGGAAACAGGACUUAUUUCCGGUGACAGCAUCCUGGACUGUACUGGGGCGCCGUUAUCACGUGAAAAGCACGACAGCGCAUACGGAGAGCUAGGCUACGAAGAGAUCGGGGGCAUGGACAAACAGCUAUCCAAGAUCAGGGAACUAAUAGAGCUGCCGCUCUUGCAUCCGGAGGUAUAUAAGGCUGUCGGUAUAUCGCCGCCGAAGGGUGUCAUUUUGCAUGGACCACCAGGCACUGGCAAAACGCUGAUUGCCAGGGCCAUUGCGUCAGAAACGGGAGCACACUGCGUCAUUAUAAACGGUCCGGAGAUCAUGUCGAAGCAUGUUGGCGAAUCUGAGGCAAAGCUUCGCCGCGCGUUCGAAAAGGCAUCGAAAAACGCCCCCGCCAUUAUCUUCAUUGACGAGAUCGACUCCAUCGCCACGAAACGCGAGAAGAGUCCGAGCGAGUUGGAGAGGCGGAUAGUUAGCCAGCUGCUGACGCUUAUGGAUGGAAUUGAGCCUAGCAAGAAUGUGGUGGUGCUUGCGGCGACCAACCGUAUAAACUCUAUCGAUAUGGCGCUGCGAAGGUUCGGUCGCUUCGACCGGGAGAUCGAAAUUGCGGCGUGUGACGAGGACGAGCGCUACGAGAUUCUGAAGAUCAAAACGCGUACCAUGCGCCUAAGUCCCGAUGUGUCACUGAGGAAAAUUGCGAAGGAGUGCCAUGGGUACGUCGGCGCCGACAUUGCACAGCUCUGCUUUGAGGCCGCCAUGUGCUGCAUACGUGAAAACCUGGCUUCGUUGGAUAUGCUGCAGUUCGAGGACAAGGUGUCGCCCGAAGUUCUGAACAAACUUGUCAUACAGAAUCGUCAUUUCGCAGAGGCGUUGGCUAUUUGCAACCCUUCGACGCUGCGUGAGCGCCGCGUCCAGAUCCCCGAGACCACGUGGGAUGACGUCGGAGGUCUUGAGGACGUCAAAAAGGAGCUCAUAGAGACAGUGCAAUACCCGGUGGAACACCCUGAGAAGUUCCGGAAGUUCGGCCAGGCGUCCAGCAAAGGGGUAUUGUUUUACGGUCCGCCGGGUUGUGGCAAGACGCUAUUGGCCAAGGCCAUCGCCCACGAGUGCAAUGCCAACUUUAUUUCCAUCAAGGGGCCCGAAUUGCUCACAAUGUGGUUCGGAGAAUCCGAAGCCAAUGUGCGCGAGUUGUUCGACAAGGCGCGGGCUGCUGCACCUUGCAUUCUCUUUUUCGACGAGAUCGAUUCCAUCGCAAAGACUAGAGGAGGAGCCGGCGGUGGAAGCAGCAGCGGAUCGGAGGCGGCUGACCGCGUUAUUAACCAGAUUCUCACUGAAAUUGACGGAGUUAAUGUGAAGAAGCCUAUCUUCAUCAUAGCGGCCACCAACAGACCCGACAUCCUUGAUCCGGCUAUUUGUAGGCCCGGGAGACUGGACCAACUCAUAUACAUAUCGUUGCCCGAUCUCAAGAGCCGGGAGAGCAUCUUCAAGGCCGCCCUGAAAAAUUCUCCGCUAGCCCCGGAUGUGAACAUCCGCAAGAUGGCUGAAGCUCUUGAUGGAUAUUCAGGCGCCGACAUCGCAGAAAUAUGCCACCGCGCGGCCCGAGAAGCCAUUCGGGAGAGUAUCGAACAUGAAAUGAAGCGCGGACGCCCUCUAAAGGAAGGCGAAGAGGACCCUGUGCCGUACAUCACCAACGAGCAUUUCAAGGUUGCCAUGGCUAACGCUAGGAAAUCAGUGCAAAAGGAGGACGUUCAACGAUAUGAGCAAUUCAAGCGAAAACUUGCUUCAAGUUCGAGUUGA